GGAAGUUGGGAGGGGGAAAUGCCACCUCCCUUGUGAGUGACUUGCCAUAACUUGUAAGACAGCAAGAAGGGAACGUCACUGAAGCGGGGUGCCAUCCUUUGACUUUUAACGGAAGAGAGGAUUUUUUUCUCCAGCAAUUUCUGGAAAUAAGUGCACAACCUUUGGAGACUCAAGGGCACUAUCCAUCCUCAACAGUGUGUGUUGGAAUCAUCACUCUUGAAUCCUUUAAGUGGAACCUUUGAAUCACCUUCUGCUUCUGCCCGGUGUGCACCUCCUGACCUACUCUGUUGCCUUGUUCAACCCCCUUUUGCAUGCUAAGAGUUGCACAAGACCUCUUGGCUCCGAAUCACUGGUUUUGGUUUUCCAACCUGAGCCUCUGCGGUCAUGGAUUCCAUACUGAGGUGGAAGACACUCACCAGGUUUUCCUGGCUCAUGGUGGUGCUGGCUGCUCUUUUCCACUUCUCUUCAGGCAUUAGCGAGGUGACCAAGGCAGUUCAAGGCAUGGCAGCACUGUCCUGUAAUUACAACAUCUCUGUUGACGAGCUGUCAAGAGUUCGCAUUUACUGGCAAAAAGAAAACAACAUGGUGCUGAGUAUCAUAUCUGGGAAUGUGCAAGUGUGGUCCCAGUACCAGAACCGAACCUUCCCUGACAUCACUAAUAACCUCUCCUUGGUGAUCCUGGCCCUGCGCCUGUCAGACAGGGGCACAUAUACCUGUGUGGUUCAGAAGACUGUAAAAGGGUCUUUCAAAGUGCAACACUUGACUUCAGUGAUGCUGUCUAUCAAAGCUGACUUCCCUACCCCCAGCAUAACAGACUUUGAACAUCCAUCUCCUGACCUUAGAAGGAUACUAUGCUCAACCUCUGGAGGAUUUCCUAAGCCUUCUCUCUCCUGGUUGGAAAAUGGAGAAGAGCUAAAAGCCGUCAACACUACUGUUUACCAAGAUCCUGAAACUGAGCUGUACACUGUUCACAGCAACCUGGAUUUCAAUGUGACAAGCAACCACAGCUUCAUGUGUCUCAUCAAGUAUGGAGACUUAUCAGUGUCACAGAUCUUCAACUGGGAGAAACUCAAGGAAGAUCCUCCUGGCAAUCAGAUCGGGGUCCCGAUCUUAAUAGGUGUGAGCGUUGUGAUCGUUAUUGGGAUCAUUGCAUUGUGCUUCUAUUGCAUUUACAAUCUCAGUCAAGGCUUACAUUAAAAUGUAAUGGAAGAAACCUGCAGGCUCAGGAAGAGAUCCAAGAGAAAAAGAAAAGAAAAAGCAUCUUUUACCUGAACUCCUACUAAUUUAAACCAAAAAGUAAAUUUUAUGAUGCUUUACUAAAAUAAUUAACAGGCUUGUCAUUUUUUUCUAGUACUCUUGUUUUUUUCUUAAAUUCUAUAUUUUUUGAGCUCAUGAUUUUAAUGUCUUUAUGAU